AUGCGGCGCCGGGCAGUGCCCCCGGCUGUCUGCGCGCCCUGGCCGAGCGGCCAGCGUGGGAGCACUAAGCACCGCCGCGAUUGCGCAUCGCUCGCGCUCGCCAUUUUGCGUAAGUAUGCGAGGUCCGAUCUUCACUGGGACACAGCCACCACCCUCGCCUUAAGACUAUGGCAGCCGCUGCGCUGGUCGCUCGCGUGGGAGACAGGAAUGAUGUCUCUGAUCCUGAUGUCUCUCGGGGCGCUCUCGCGGGGUCUCGCUCUCGGCAGUAACGGCACUCGGGAACUGCUGCUCUCGCUCGCCCUUUUUGAGCUUUGUCUCUAA